AUGUUAUUUCUGAGUGAAACAUGGGUAGAAAAGAAGGAAUGGGAAACAAUAAGGAGAAGAUUGCCGAAAGGAUACAAAUGGUUAAUGCAGGAAGCGAAAAGGGAUCAUGUGAGAGGUAGGAGCUCUGGAGGCAUGAUAUCAGGAGUAAGGAAUAACAUCAAGGAGAUCGGGACGGGAGAGGAAUGGAGAAGGGAGGAUAGUAUGGUAAGAAGAAUUGAAGUGGGAAAGCAGAAGGUAAAUGUGGUAGGGAUUUAUAGAAGAAGGGGGGAUAGUAAGGGAUGGAGGAUAGUAGAGGAAUGGAUGGAAAAAGGGAAAGAAGAGUUAACCAUAAUAGGGGGGGAUUUCAAUGCAUGGACGGGGGAGUUAGGGGGGGAUCAUUGGAACAGUGAAAAGGAGAAAUACGAAAGGAGAUCAAAACAUAAGGAGGUGGAUAAAGAGGGUAGAAAGAUGUUGGGUAUAAUAGGGGAGGGGGGUUGGACAAUUUGUAAUGGUUGUACGAAGGGGGAUAUGGAAGGAGAGAUUACGUUUAUGGGAAAAGGACAGACGGUGAUAGAUUAUGUGAUAGCGGACGAGAAGACAAAAGAAAUAAUAAAGAGUGUAGAAGUAGGAGAUGAAGCAGAUUCUGGACAUUUCCCGCUAAUAGUUGAAAUCGAAGGGCAAGGGAGAAGAGUAGAGAAGAAAAGGACAGGAGUAAAUAAGAGGGAUAAAAUGGGAAAGUGGGAUAUAUCGGAACUAACGGAGUUUGAAGGGAGAGUUAAAGAAAAAAGUAGGGAAUUUGGGAAAGGAGGAGAAGUGAAUGAGAGAUGGGAGAGAUUAAAGAGGGUAAUUGGGGAGGUCAAAAGAGAAAUGGUGAAGGAAAGGGAAGGAAAGGUAGAAACUAAAAGGGGUUGGUGGGAUGAAGAGUGUGAAAAAAGUAGGAUAAAGUUAAGGGGUUGUAUAAAGAGGUGGAGAAAAGGGGAAAUGAAGAAGGAAGAUUAUAAUAGGGAACAUAAAGAGCACGGAAAAUUGGUGAGGAAGAAAAGAGAAGAAGGAAGGGAAAGGUACAUAAAGGAGGUUGAAAAGGCAAUAGAAGAGGGUAGGGAAUGGGAAGUGAUCAACAGAGAAAGAAGGAAGGGAAAAGAGAUUAAUAAGGAAAUUAGCAUAGAGGAUUGGACGAAAUAUUUUCAGGGAUUAAGCGGGGGGAUGGGAUAUAAAAUAAGAGGGGAAGGAAGGAGAAGAGAGGUAGAAAUGGAGCAGGAGGAGAUAAGUCGAGAGGAGGUGAACGAGGCGAUAAAUAGGAUAAAAAGGAAUAAGGCAGCAGGAGAAGACGGAAUGGAGGGGGAGAGCUUAAAAUAUGGGGGAGAAGGGGUUAGAGAGGAGAUGUGGAAAAUCAUAAAUUUAGUAUGGAAUGGGGAAGGAUGGCCAGAAACGUGGAAGACAGGGUUGGUAGCACCGAUCUUAAAAAAAGGAGAAGGGAAAAGGGUAGAAGAUUAUAGGGGGGUGACGUUGAUGCCAGUUGGUUAUAAGGUAUAUGCAGAAGUAGUCAGGAAGAGGCUAGAGGAAAAAGUAGAGGAGCUGGAAUGCAUACCACAUAAUCAAACUGGUUUCAGAAAGGAAAUGGGGACGAUGGACAAUAUAUACGUCCUGAAUUACAUAGUAAAUAGGAAUUUGGGAAGAAGUAAUGGGAAGUUGGUGGCUACUUUCGUGGAUUUGAAAGCGGCAUUUCCAUCGGUGAAUAGGGGGAUUUUAUGGAAGGUUUUAAAGGAGAGGGGAAUAGAGGAUGGAUUGAUAGAAAGAAUAAAGCAGUUGUACGAGGACACCAAGGAAAGGGUGAAAAUUGGGAAUAGGUUGGGGAGGGAAUUUUGGCUGGGUAGAGGGUUGAGACAGGGCUGCCCCCUGAGUCCAAUACUGUUCAAUAUGUUGAUUGCGGAUCUGGAAGAGAGAAUGAGGAAGAGAGGUAAAGGGGGGGUUAUACUAAGGAAUGGAAGAAUAUAUACGCUGGCGUAUGCGGAUGAUGUGGUUUUGAUGGCGGAAGAUGAGAAUGGAAUGAAAUUGUUGAUGAAUGAAUUUGAGAAAUAUGUGAGGGAGAAAGACUUAAGAGUGAAUGUGGAGAAAACGAAAGUGUUGAGAUUUAGGAAAAAGAAGGAUAAAGAAGAGAUGGAAUGGAAGAUGAAUGGGAAAUGUGUGGAAGAGGUGAAUGAGUUUUGUUACUUGGGGUAUUGGUUUAUGUAUAGUGGAAAGCAGGAUUUGAAUGUGGCACAAAGAGUGGAAAAAGGGGGGAAAGCAAUGGGUCAAGUAUGGGGAAUUGGAAAAAGGAGGUUUGAGGAUGACUGGAGGAAAAGAGUGUGGCUGUUUGAUGCGUUGGUAUGGUCGAUAGUGAGUUAUGGAGUGGAAAUAUGGGGGUGGAAUGAAAUCGGGAAGUUGGAAAGUAUGCAUGAGAGAUAUUUGAGAUGGACGAUGGGGGUGGAUUGGAACUGCCCGGGGUAUAUGUUGAGAGAGGAAAUGGGUAGGGAAAAAAUGGUGACGAGGCAGAGAAGGAGGGCGAGAAAUUUCGAACAAAAAUUGGAACAGGGAAAGGGAAGUAAAAUAGCGCAAACAUGCUGGGGAUUAAUUAGAGAGGGUGAGAGGGGGUGUAAAAGAUGGGAAAAAGGAAGAAAGGAUGCGAUACAAGAGGGGAGAGAAAAUAUGGGAAGGGGGAGGGAUUUAAUCGAGGCAUGGGGGUGGAGAGAUAGAGAGGAAAGGUGGAAAAGGAUCAGGGAAUCAAAGUACAAUAAAUGGUACAAAUUUAUCAAAAGGGAGGAAAUGCCGAAAUACUUGGGUAGAAGAUUAAGGUACGAAAGGUGGAGUAGGGUAUGUAGGUUUAGAAUGGGUGAAGGUAUGAGAGAAUGUAAGUAUUGGUUGGAAGAGGAUGAAAGGAAAUGUAGAGUAUGUGAGUUUGAAUGUGAAGAUUGGGAACAUGUGCUGGAUAGAUGUAAUGGAUGUAUGGAUGGGGAAAAAAGUGUUAUGGAAAGAGUGAUUUGGAUAUUGGAUGAGAAUGGUCAGGGCGAAAGAUGGAUGAAUGAGCUGGAAGAUUUGAGGAAAAAGAGGACAGAGGGGUUAAUUUAA